AUGUUGCUACGCAACGAGACGCUCCAAAGUGCAGUAAUAUCUUUCAGACGUAGAUCGGUUAAAAGCGGCGCAUCAUUUUCUUAAUGGAUAAUACUAAUCUGUGCACAUGACAUAUUAACACUUAAUAUUCUACAUUUGGAGGCUGGGUGCCAGAUAUGGCUGACGGCUGGUGUACUGACACUGGAGAAGCGGUUUACCGCUCGAGGGAUGCAGUUAAAAACUUACGAAUACGUGUCCGCAUACAACGGGUGACCUCCACAGCGGCUCUGUCUCAGCAUCUCCAUCACCAAGUGCUGUCUCACCAAGAGAGAGGAGCUAUAGAGCUUGACACCUUCAGCUCACAGACACAAAUGGCUUCUGCCACUGAUGAGGAGGAAUUGGUGGUUGGUUGGCAAGAGAAGUUCUUCAGUCAGUUUGAAGUGGACCUUUACCAGACAGAGACGAACUGUCAAUCUCCACUGGAGCGUCAGUAUCACACAGAAAUACUGGCAACGGAAAGGACUAAAAGAAGAAAAAACCAGCGCAUUUUCACCUACACAGACUUUGAUCGCUUUGCCAAGUGGGAAGAGCAAGCACAGAGUCUGCUGAUCCCAGCUCGGCCAAAACCUACAUUCCUAGCAGAACGCAUGGCCAAUGUUAGACACAGGAGACAAGAAAGACGUCCUGUAGAGCCCAUUGUUCCCAAAUCCUGUACAAUUGUGUGGGAACCCUCAGAGGAGUUCAUAAAGAACAGCCACACCAUCAACACACCUGUCCAGAGCAUGUACAUUAUGGGAGAUCUUGGGGCUUCGGGGAAGUUGGGCCUAAAAGAGAAUGAAUAUGUGUUAUGCACCAUAAGAGCAGAUAGUAACGGUGUCAUUACAAUCAAACCGGACUUUAACAACAACAGAGGCGCUUACAGGCUAGAGACAGUGGGAGAGAAGAGGGAGGUGUGGAGGCUCUAUUUGGAAAAUGCCUCCGAAGACAUUAAGGCAGAGGAAAAGGAGAGAGAGCAGCACAUGUACAGAGAUUUGUACACACGUCACAGAGAUUACCUUAACAGCCUGGUUGGCCAGGACUUUGAGAUGCCACCUCCAGGGGUACUUCGCCUGAUUGUAAACGGAGAGAUCGUUUCAGCUCAGGGAUAUGAAUAUGACAAUCUUUAUGUCCACUUCUUCCUGGAUUUACCAAACAGUUGGUCCAGCGUUCCCUUUCACUGCCUGUCAGGUGUCACUCAGACCUGUCGCACACGCAGUCUAGGGAAGGAGGAUGUAGCCUUUUUCUCCUAUCCAUUCAGCUUCGAGUCCUUCUUUAGGAAAGAGGAUGAGUCUGAUGGAUCAUUACCCCAGUGGCCAGUUUUAUAUUUUAAAGUUCUCUCCUUGGAUUUCUGGCAACGGUACAGAACUGAAGGUUAUGGUUUCCUUGUCAUUCCCUCAACACCAGGGUGUCACAAAAUGACUUGUCAAACAUGGAGACCCAUCCAGACUGGCACGGUGGCUGAACUGAGGCGCUUCUUUAUCGGUGGAGCUCCUGAACUUGAGGACAUCAGCUAUGUCAGACUUCCUGGAACUUUCAAGGGAGAGCGACUGAGUCGAUUUGGCUUCCGCACUAAGACGACUGGAAGUGUGACCUUUAAUCUUAACUGCAUACAGCAUGCCAGGGCUUUUAUUGAUGCAAACACCCUGAAAAGAAGGAGACAGACUGUUCUAGAUCAGCUGGGAGGUCACAGUCAGCAGGGCUCUGUCUAUAAUGUACUAGAAGCGUUUCAGAGGGCCCGUAAGCGCAUGCAGGAGGCGAGAGAGAGUUUACCCAGAGACCUCAUCAAUACCACUGGACUAAACUCAGAGUCGACUGCAUAAUAACACCUUAAAGCCUUAAUGCUGUCUCUGUCACCUAUUUCAUAUUGUUGUAUUUAUGUAUAUACUGUAUGUACAUAUUUUUAAAAUUUGAUGGAAAUACUUGUAAAUGUUUUUAAUAUAGUUUUUAUAUGUUAUGUUUGUAUUGUGUACAGUAAAUCCCUCUAUACAUAAUAUGAAUAUUUGAGCAUACUUA